AUGCGCCGUUUAGCUUUUGCCGAGUGUUUGCUAUUAAUAUUGUUAGUAUGCAUACAAAAUUCAACUCAAGCAAAGAAACACACAUCAAUAACUCAGGUUGAAGACCUUAAAGAGUUUAAAAAAUUAAUGAAGACAAAAACUAAUGUUUUAGUUUUAUACAUAAAUAUUCAAAAAGAGGCUAUGCCUAUUUUAAAGACAUUCCGAGAAGUAGCAGAUAAAAUGAAAGGGCAGGCUACACUGGUGUCAAUUAAUUGUGCUGGAAGUGAAGGAAAAAAGCUUUGCAAAAAAUUGAAAGUUGAAAAAAGCAGUCCUUACUUCAUAAAGCACUUUAAAGAUGGGGAAUUCAAUAAGGAUUAUGAAAGAGCAGAAACAGUGAAUUCUAUAGUCAAAUUUUUUAUUGGAUCCAACUGGAGAUGCACCAUGGGACGAAGAUCCUUCUGCUAA